AACCAUUCCUUCCUCCCACACCUUCAGGGGGAAAAGGACAUGACUGAUUGUUAUCUGUGCGUCUGAUCUCAACAGCCGGUUCUUGCUUUUGCUGUUGGACGUUUGUGCCGAGGUUGAACUCACUGCCAUGGCGUCUCCAUUUUGGCUUUCGUGGAUUUCCAAUCUGCUGUUUUGGGGCAGUAUUUGUUUUCCUUCUCAAAAAGGUUGCAAUAUUGCACAUGGCUACUAUCUCAAUGAGGAUGAAUUUAGUAGCCGUGUAGGAGGGCUUGAUCCACAAACGUCAAACCAGUUUCAUUCAUUUUCUUUGAAGCCAAACCAUGACACUGCUAGUCUAAGGGAUGAGAUGCAAGCUAUGAGAAACCAACGCUAUGUUUUCCGUCAGAGAGAACCAUUCCACCAUGAAAACUAUAAGGAUGCCGGUGUUUCUACUGGUCUUGGUGAAGAGCUGACAAACCGCAAACCAGAGUUGGACCAGGAUGUCCCCUCCUCUCCCCCUGUACCGAAACAUGCGCAUGACGGUCCUGAUCAACAACACCCCUUAGGCAUAUUAGUGAGCGAGCACAGACAAGCAAAAAAUAUGGCAGGCCCCAGUUUCUCAUCCAUCAAAGAUUUCAAACGGUUUGUGGAAUUGAUGAAGCGCGCUUUCUUAAUGCCAGGAGAUGACCUGGAAAGCCAUUUUCAAACCGCUCGGGAAACCAUUAAAAAGGAGAUUGCUUCUAAUGCGGUGAAUAUGAAGAGGCAGCACGACACGGGCCAUAGGUCUUCAUCUGCAAAUGAAGGCACCGCCCAUGACGACACCAGUGGAAAUGAAGACCGGAGAGCAGCUACGAGUACGGCGCUUGAACACGGUGCAAACUACCAAAUGCCAAGUGAAAGCGUCUCUGUCCGUGAUGCUAUCGACCCCGCUGACAGUCUCGCGCCUACCAGCGUCUACGACAAACGAGGCCGAGGGCCAGGCUCUGCAGUCUACCCUCGUGAUCAUUCAGCAGCCACAGGGCACGUUUCAAGGCGUUACGAUGGUGUUGACCAUGGUCUCAUUUCUAGGGGAAACCCCGAUAUUGUCACAAGUGCUCCUCAUGUGAGAAACAAAGCUCCUCCGUCAAUAAGCUACAAGCUCCCUGGACAAAUACCCAAUGGCUCAUUAAUUGGACAUGAUUCGUUGCUCAGUGGUCAUUUGACUGCGCCCAGUGUCCACUCCCAAAACCGGCCAUCUCAAAAUUUCAGCCACUAUUCAAGUAGGACCUCUGAGAAGAAUAUCAGGCAAGAACCAAAAUCUACAUCUCCGACUGAAGACUCUACAAAGGAAACUCAAAAACCAUCUCGUGGUUUAGAACUUGCUAGAGAUGUACCAAGCAGGGUGACUUCAGACCAAAUCCUGUCUGCACCGAUGCGCACACCUUUGAGUUCCUAUCGUCGGGUUCCACGUGUCAUGCCGCGGAGGGGUCAACUCUACGUCCCAGAUUCUCAACCAGAACAUGACAGAAGACCGGCCAUAUCAUCUCAGGGCUAUCAACACACUGUUGGCACGCUAUCAAAUUACAUAAACCACAUGCCUACCGCCCAUCUGCCCCGAUCCACUGGUUCGGUGUCGUCCAGCUCUAAUAACCCUUCACAGAGUAGCACUCUUUUUGGAGUUCAAACCAGCCGCCCACAUGAUGCUCAGAAUCUGUCCCUCAAGAGAAAGCCAGUCAGAUUCUACACAAGGUAUACUGUGCAACCGCCCAGCUCUUAUGGCUCAAGUAGACCUGAUGGUCAUCUCAAAGACAAGAGCGCAAGUGUUGGUCAUCCUCUCAACCCAACUGCCCAGUCAAAAGAUGAGAAACUGAAGCGGCAUCUAGUCGCUGCCAUUUCAUAGUUGGAAAUUUUCAAAUUUGUUAACGUUGCUUGACUGUCAGCAUCAGGGAGACUUUAGAACGAAGCUAUGCCCAGGAACUGGAAUCCAUAAUUCAAUCUCAUAUGAGCAUGGUGCCAGAAACUCCCAGCUACUGUCCGCAACAAUCAUGUAAUCGUCAUCUAUAAACUCUAUGCACCAUAUCGACUGGGUAAAUACGAGAACACUAGAACCCACAAUGUAAAAGGAUUUCAACAUUCAAAGGAAUCAACUUCAAGAAAUAACAUGGUGAAGUGGCUGAUGGUCUGUCUGCUUGUAAAUAUGGAUCUCUUGCUACCUUGAACUAGGAGGAAGAUUCUGCAGUUCUACGCAUCCAACUAAUAAAACCAUAAAAUAUUAGGGUUUUUUUACCUCUUGAUUGUUUGACAUAGGACCUGUUCAACGGUGUUUCUUGGUUGAUUUAAUGACAAUAUUUAAGCACUGAAAAGCUAUUGACACAUGCAUCUCGAUUGAUUAUUUUCAAUUCGUCCGGUAAACAAAAACCUUUUAAAACCUCAAUCUUGAGUAAAGCUUAUAAUGCUUGCAGCGCAUGAAAAACACGAGUUUGUUAAAUUGUUCUUAUAACAGCAGUAGGCAUUCUCGAACAGACCACAGGACCUCUAGAAAGGAAUACAGAACAAGUCUGUUUUCAUUGAUUUUUGAAGCUACAGUACGUAGGCGCUGAACAUACUGUCCCGCGGUGUCACCUGGGUCGUAAAAACUCUAGUGUCAUUGCAGAGGUUGUUGAAAGGCACUGUUCUGCAUCAGCAAAAAAUGUACCUUUUAGAGUUUAAACGAGAUAUGUUUUAAUGACCGCCACGCAUUUAACAUUGAUCAGAAAAAAUGCUCCACAAAUAUAAGACUGUAAACUUGUCAUUCUGCAUGAAUAUCAAACAAUGAAUUAACACUACCUGUACAGUAUGUCAAAGUAUUGGACAUACGGAAUACUGCCCACGAUCUCUACAGGCUCUCAUUAUAAAUGUAACGUUGAAUAAA